AUGGGACAAGAAGGCGGUCAACGGCAGAGGUGCUCUAUCGCUGCUUCUUCUGCUACUCGGCCUUCCGUGGGAACAAGGAGAUCAAGAAGCGGUGCGCCCAGUAGGAGGAAACAAUGGCUCUGCCUGGUGGCCAUGCUGUUGUCUACGGGAUGCAUGUCAUCGGCCCUGCCCUCUGCGGAAAGGGAUACUUCUUCUACAGCUGAUCGCGAACGACGAAAAGCUCGACGUUUGCGUAGGGGUAUCCAAGCUUUCUCGGUAUCUUUGGGACGACCCGUUGAGGGCAAUGCAGCUUAUGCAGGAGGACCGUCACCUGAUCACCCAUCCGGAAGAACGUUAGGGUUUUUUGGGCUUUCAGAAGAACCCUCGGAAGAAAGCAGCAACAAUGGCACUGACAGUGCCAAGUAUCAUCCUGAUAAGGGAUCCUUCUCCGUUUCUGGAAUGGCUGACUCACAGUCACCACAAACACAACAACCUUCCGCCUCUUCUUAUUCCAGCGGAAUUGGCCAGGGCAUCCCGCUGACGCCAGUGGGAAGCACUAGCCGAGAAGCCCCUCGUCCUGAGAAUACCCCUGAUACCCCUGCUCAAGCUACCCCUGCUCAGGCCUUGGAAAUGUCAGGCUCUCCUCCUCCCUCCGAGACUAGCACGGAUGAUGGUGCACAAGAUGACACUUCCACUACGACUACUACAACCACUAGUAGCCAGGGUCCGACGGAAACCACCCCUGCAUCUGAGGAAGCAACUGAGGCGCCGUUACGAGACUACGAUGCCAACAAUACCGUGCAAGUCUCUCUGAGUUUGGCACUGCCGUUGACUUGGAACUUGUCCUCCCCCGAACAUGCUCAUUCGGUAGAACUAUUGGUCGAAGAAGUAUCCAAUGCAGCCACAAUAGUCUUCCAUUCGACACUGGACAAUGCCAUUACCUUGUUGGAGUCGUCUCCCUCCCGGAUUGAAACCUCCAAAUCAUCCGAACCGGAUGGAGCAGAGAAGCAUCGGGCGCCUACCAGUACCAUGCCACUCGUCAAUGGUACCAACAGUAGUAGCAUGAUGACCAGUAGUGACGUCCACAAUAUCACUGCUGACUAUAACAGUACCGACGGUGAUGCUGCCGUGCGGAAUCAGUCUUCCUCGCUGCCAUCUGCGUCGACUGUGGUCAACAUGACGUGGGAUUAUCUGGAUGUCAACGCUACCAUGGACUACAACAAUGGAACCAUGGUUGAUGAUGAUUUGGUGCUGCUGUCCAUGAUGCCAGACGAUGACAACGACGGGGUGGACACGACCGCCACACCGGCACCCUCGUCGGAUACCAUGCUCUGGGAUUGGCUCGAAAUGGCGCCGUUGAGUAAGGAAGAUUUGUAUCACAUGGUACUCGAAUACCUAGAAAUUGAAGAAGAGGACUUGGAGGAGGGCGGGAACUCGACCAGUGAUACUGGAUCUCCGCUCUUGCAAGAUCUCAAAGAAGAGAUUCGACAAGCCAUCUACUCGUUCUUUUUUGAUGAUGAUGAUGUUGAUGAUCUUGGUAGUCCAUUGGAAGGAAACAUGACGUUACUUGACGACGACAACAACACUACGGAUGCCAACGCUUGGCAUCCUGAUCAUGUCAAUGAUACGGACCACAACAGCCACAACAAUCAGCUCAACAAUCAAAGCAGCCACAACGACGAUAGCAUGACCGCCGUGGAUGAUGACAUGGUAGUCAUGGCCGAUCGCGACAAUGAUCCACCUCCACCCCUGUUUGCAUCCUCGGGCAUUUGGGAAAUGUUCUUGGCGGACACUCGGGUCGAACUGGUGUACGAGGAGGACGACUAUGCCUGGUGGAAGUUGACCAUGAUUUAUCCCGUAUACGUGCAUCAUCAUGCCGUCCAAGACGAUUAUCAAGAUUUCUCUGAUUUGACCAUUGACAAUGGUGGUGUGCAUCGUGCUCUACGCAGCGUGUUUGGAGAUGGCGCGGUGGCGGCGUUUAAUAUGGGAUCGGGACCGCCCAUCAACGGAACGAGCGCAGCGCCACCCACAGCCGACAGCACCAAGAACAGCAAUCAGCCCUACUGGGUCCCCGUGCAGGAACAAGGGACGUUGGAUUUCAUUGGUCGUUUCUUGCAGCGUGUCUUGGCAGCAGCCGUUGUAUCCGGGGCAUUUCUAACGCAGAUGCUGGAAUUGGCAGAGUUUGAUGUAGGUGACGAUGACGAUCUCGUCCAUCAGAUCAUUGCGCUGGCCACUCCUGGGUCAGAACAUGAUUUGGAUUUUCUCUUCGAAGACGACACCAUUGAGAUAGGCGACGACUUUUUCCCGAAGAUCCCAGAAACAGUAGCGCCAACUAUUGGAGUGGAAGAACCAGGAGCUACUGUUGAAGGGACGUUCACUCAUGGAUUGCUCGACGACGAUUCCAACAACUCUCAUGCGCGGUUGGGUCUAGGGAUGCUUCUGACCACGCUGGCGACAGUGAUGGGGAUUGUGCUUUCGGCCACGUUGCGGAGAAGAACGGCCGAAACUAGAGCCACUGAACGACAGGAAGUUUGGUUCUUGAAAACGGAACAAGAUGUCGCCGAACUGUUGCAAGUUGGCUGGACACACAAGGAGGUUCCGGUUCAUGCGCGUAAAGCAGCAAGUUGCAGCGACGUGGAAGCGCCUUCCUCUCCCACGCACAGAGCCGAAGUGUUUGAGGUAUUUGACAAGGGCGGGGCGGGAUACUAUGACAAUGAUUCCAUGUUGCAUGGGAGUGCCAUGCAGCAUUCCUUUGGUGGGACGGAGAGCGACGUCGGAAUGCGGCAUAUACCGGCGCCACCCAAGGGUUGGCUGAGAACAACAGCAUCCACGCAGUACACUGGCUGGCAAGAUUUGAGCCUUGACUGA